AUGUGUGGUGCACACUUGAGCCGUGGAGUGGUGGUGGUGGUGGUGCUGUGGUUGAUACUGAUUGUGGUGCUAUCCGCACCACCGGGUAGUGAAAGUGCUAAAAUCCCCACCCGACAGUAUCCCGCUGGAGUGGAUUUCUUUGAGCAUGAGUUUACCAGCCUUUCGGCAGACGAAUACGAUCCCUAUGGUCCGGAUAUAGGGGAUGAUGAUCUGGGCAUUGAUGAUCCAGAGACAAUGCCGCGUCUCUUUCAAGGCGAUAUUGCCAUUGAUCCUUAUACCUAUAUUACCCUUCGUCUGGGAGUGAAUCCCAUGAGACAUCCCAAGCGGCUUUGGCCCAAUGGCACCAUUCCCUUUGAGAUCAGUCCGCGUUAUGUGAAUCAGGAAAGACAGGCCAUCGUCCAGGCUCUGAAGACAUUUAACUCACUCACCUGUGUGAGAUUUGUGCCAUAUGAUGGGGAAGUGGAGGAUUACCUGUUGAUUGAACCACCGGAGGAAGGACCCAAGGGAUGUUGGUCCUAUGUGGGUCGCAGGGGUGGAGAGCAAGUGGUGUCCCUGCAGAGACCCGAUGAGAACAGUGCCCAUUGUUUCAGCAGCGAGGGAAGGAUAAUGCAUGAACUAAUGCAUGCCAUUGGCAUAUAUCACGAACAAUCUCGAGCCGAUCGGGAUAACUUCGUGAAGAUACAUUGGGAUAAUAUUGUACCAAAAUUCCGAAAGAAUUUCAAGCUCGUGUCGAAGAAGAAGGGGAAAUACGCCUUUGACUACGAUUACAACUCCGUAAUGCAUUACGGUGAAUUUUACUUCAGCAAACGGAAGGGAGAGAAGCCCACGAUGACCCCCUUGCAGCCCGGAGUCAGGAUUGGUCAGCGGAAGACCAUCAGCAAGAUCGAUUGUCUUAAGAUCAAUGAACUCUAUGGAUGCUUGAAGGGUCGCAGGGCCAAAAUGUAUCGCAGUUUCUGUCGCCUAUUGGGGCUGUAGACUUUGU